GCAUAUCGUAAAUCUUCUCAUCACGUCUGUUUGUAUGUUGCCUUAAACUAAGAGAUGAAUGGGCACCCUAUCACAAAACACCGAUUACAUUUCAAUCGAUUAUUUUGCAAUGUUCUUCUUUGGUAGAUAGUGAGACAAAAUUUGUGUUUGCUUCGAAAUUGUGUAAAAUAAUACUAUUUAUUGUUUACGAUGCCUGCGCUUGAAACGGAAAAUAAUAAUGGUGCCGACUCGCUUUCAAGCGUCGACCAAUCGAAGCCUAUGAAGGGGCCCGUAAUUGGAAUCAUAUAUCCUCCACCGGAAGUAAGAAAUAUUGUCGAUAAAACUGCUAGCUUUGUGGCCCGAAAUGGUCCUGAGUUUGAAGCUCGUAUAAGACAAAACGAGUUGGGCAAUGCAAAAUUUAAUUUUUUGAGCGCUGGUGAUCCCUACCAUGCCUAUUAUAGGCAUAAAGUUAACGAAUUUCGUGAAGGAAAAGACGCAUCUGGUGGAUCUAAUGUUGUUACGGGCAUUAAACAGUUAUCUGUAACAAGUGCAGCGCAACAGAAGCAACAAGAACUUUUGAAACAAGUCGCCGAACAACAAUUCAUACCAAGGGAUCCUCCUCAAGAUUUCGAGUUUAUCGCAGACCCUCCCUCUAUUUCUGCAUUAGAUUUAGACAUUGUCAAGCUUACGGCCCAGUUUGUGGCAAGAAAUGGACGACAGUUUUUAACGAACCUAAUGAAUCGUGAGCAACGUAAUUUUCAGUUUGACUUUUUACGGCCACAACAUUCGUUAUUUCAAUAUUUCACAAAGUUGUUGGAGCAAUACACCAAAAUAUUAAUACCACCUAAAGACCUCCUCAGCAAGUUGCGUUCGGAAAGCUCGGAGGGUCGAUCCAGUGUUAAUUUGAUUUUGGAUCAGGUAAAAUAUCGCGCUAACUGGCAAAAGCAUCAAGAAGCUCAACGCCGAAGGGAAGAAGAGAAAAUUGAGAAAGAAAGAGUGGCCUAUGCACAAAUCGAUUGGCAUGAUUUUGUUGUUGUGGAGACUGUGGAUUAUCAACCUUUCGAGACUGGCAAUUUCCCUCCCCCGACUACACCAGAAGAAGUUGGAGCCCGAGUCCUAAUGGAAGAGCGCUUGUUGGAAGAAGAUGGCGAUAUAGAGAUGCAAAUUGAAUCGGAUGAUGAAGACAGCCAAGAUGAAGCAACCACUGUGAAACUGUCCCAAAUGGAAAAUCGUACUGGUAUUCAAAUGAAAGGAACUCCUUAUAAUCAACAGAUUACAAGUACUAAAAAAGAUAAUACACAAGUUCAAGACAUGGAUGAAGCUUCUAGUGAUGAGGACACACCGUCAGGCCUAAAGGUGCAGCCCGCAGUUGCACCACUCUUACCACCAACGCAUGACAAGGUUGUUGUUAAAAAAUAUGAUCCAAAGGCAGUUCAACAGAAACCGCAGAAACCAGUCCCUGCCGAUGAAUAUCUUAUUUCUCCAAUAACAGGUGAAAAAAUACCAGCUUCAAAAGUGGCGGAGCAUAUGCGAAUUGGUUUGUUAGAUCCACGUUGGGUGGAACAACGAGACAAACAUACGGUAGAAAAAAUUAACCAGGAAACAGUAUAUGCAGCUGGUACUGCGAUUGAAGCAAGUCUAAAACAAUUAGCCGAACGCCGUACCGAUAUUUUUGGAGUGGGUGAUGAAGAGACUGUCAUUGGUAAAAAAUUAGGAGAAGAAGAAACUAAAAAAGACGAUCGAGUGACUUGGGAUGGACACACUUCAAGUGUUGAAGCGGCAACUCGAGCAGCUCGAGCGAACAUAACUUUAGAAGACCAGAUUCAUCAAAUACAUAAGGUAAAAGGUUUAUUACCGGACGAAGAAAAAGAAAAAAUUGGACCGAAACCAGUUACCAACAAAACCACAUUAUCCCAUCAGACACUUAUAAAGUCACAUGCUCAAGUUAGUCAUCAUUCAGUUCCGCAUCAUCAUAAUUCAGCACAGCAGCAGCCGCAGCCAACACCGCCACCGCAAUCACCCUCACACAAUAUGCCACCUGCUGCUCCACCAGUAAUGAUAAUGCCAAUGAGGCCACCACCGCCUAUAAUGCCGCCACCGUUUCCAGUAGGUUACAUGGCUUUGCAGCCCGGUGGACCACCACAAAUACCAUCAGGAACAAAUAUAAUGGAUCCAUCAUUGUUAUCUAUUCCGCCUAUGCCCGUCGAUGACGAGCCACCUAACAAAAAAAUGCGAACAGAAGAUAAUCUGAUUUCGGAAGAAGAGUUUAUAGCAAAUCACAAGAGCCCUAUUACUAUUCAAAUACAAAUUCCAAGCGUAAUAGAUAAAUCGGAGUGGAAACUAAAUGGGCAAACUAUUGCAUUCUCAAUGUCACUCUCUGACACCGUUUCGAAUCUCAAAUCCAAGAUUCAAGAUGAAACAGGAAUGCCACCAGCUAAGCAGAAAAUUUCAUAUGAGGGAAUGUUCUUCAAGGAUAGUAAUACUAUGGCAUAUUAUAAUCUACUUAGCGGCGCUACAAUUCAUCUGCAAAUCAAGGAGCGUGGUGGACGUAAAAAAUAAAAAGAUGAAAUUUAAGCCUUUAAUUAAUAUGCAUAUAUCGAGCGAUGUGAAUAGUUGCUUGAAUGUGCUUAUUGGAAGUUUUAAAUUUUUUGAGUUUGUGUAGAAUAUUUAUAAUUUUAGCCGUUUUUAAUAUAGGAAAAGUGAUUGGAAAGCAAGUUUUGAUUGAAUUAUUUAAAAGGCUCUAAAUAAAAAGUAUACAUACAAACACAAA